GGGAAAGACUGUCGCUGUAUCCGUGACGUAUUGAUCUCAUUUGCAUAAAGCUGCUCCGCGGAAAAUAUUGCUGCCAGCAUCCCUGCCUCGUUUCCAAUACCGUAGCCGCUUAUUUCCGUAUCAAAGUAGUACAAUUUUCCAGUGUGAGAGAAAUAGCCUUCAAUAUGGAGCGAUUGGGAUUUAUACGCUUGCGAUUGUAACAUAACCGAAAACAUAAUAAUUAAAAUGAGUUCUUUUUCGAUCGUAUUUAUCUGAGUGCCGCAUUGGCACGUUAGAAUCCUUUUUUUCAAAUGAAAUGCCGUGGUGAAAUUAUUGAAGUAGAAAACAAGAUGGCGGAGAUGGAUGUUGAUCAGCUCGAUAAUUCAGACAGGGCCGACAGCCCGGCGACAGGAUUGUCCGCGUACGAUGACAGGGGACACGGGCAUUCCUUUGUGAAGAAAACCUUCCACAAGCCGACCUACUGCCAUCACUGCACGGACAUGCUAUGGGGCCUGAUCGGGCAGGGAUUAGUUUGCGAGGUGUGCAACUUCGUUGUUCAUGAGAAGUGUCUGAGGACAGUGGUGUCUGCUUGUUCAAGUAUUGCUGCAUCUCUGGUCAGGAAUCCUGUGGCCCACUGCUGGUCAGAACCUGGGCAAUUCAAGAGGAAGUUCUGCAACGUGUGUCGCAAACGCCUCGAGGACUCCCUGGCUGUCAGAUGUGAAAUCUGUGAGUAUUAUGCACACCUGGACUGCCAUGACUUCGUUGUUAGCGACUGCAAGGAGUGUGCCAUCUACUCACCCACAAUCACACGGGCGUCCGUGGUUCACUACCAUCACUGGCGGGAGGGUAAUCUCCCGGCCAACUCCAAGUGUCUGGCCUGCAAGAAGACGUGCUGGUCAUCCGAAUGCUUGGCGGGCAUGAGAUGCGAGUGGUGUGGACUCACGGCCCAUGCCAGUUGUCAUCGGUUACUGCCAGCUGAGUGUAACUUUGGCAGCCUACGAGAGAUCAUGUUACCCUCGAGCUGUCUAUCCAUGCCACGUAUGGACCUCUCUGUAGAGACCAUGAUGGGGAUGAGCAAGAAAACAAGCCCCAACUUCACAGUAACAGACCGAUCCGCGCGGACGAUAUCGGAGGACUGGUCAAGUAGCGGUGACUCGCGUAACGACGACACAGAGGAACGGGAGAGGCGGUCGCCAAGGGAAAGAGACACAAAGGACAGAGACAAGGACACAGAAUCCGAGAUCAUCCGUGUCUUUGAUGGUAAUGCGUCCAUGAAAAGACGUCUUUACAGAACUAUAUCAGUUCCAAAAAAUGCCCCAGCACAAGCCAUUCUGGAGGCAGCUCUGAAAACAUUCCACAUCUCUGAUGAUCCUAAAAACUACUACGUGGCGGAGGCAUCCGAGUUUGCUAUGUUUGUAGGUGAGCGGGAGUUGGAUGAAAGCAAACCCAUACGUGCCCAGUUGAAAACCCCUGACGGCAAGCGGCCAUCAAUAUUCCUCAGAUACAAGGAGAGUGAUCCAGACAAAGGGCAUAUAAAAGUUUAUCCGGGUUGCUUAAAAGUUUCCUCUGGUCACAAGAACAUCACCGUGACCAGUGAAUCCACAACAGAGGACAUCAUACGAACAGCCUUGAAGAAGUUUGGAAUUGAUGUUCAUGACUCUGAUCCCAGUCGGUACCGGUUGAUAGAAGUCCUCCUGGAUAAGGGGGUAUCUGAGAGGACGCUGGCACACAAUGACAAGCCGUGGGAACUCAUCAAAAACUGCAGAAAGGAGUCGUUACGUCAGAACCAGAUGACGCGCUACUACCUGCAGCAGAGGGAGGACCCACACGGCCCCAGUAUAUCCCUGUUUGUGGGAAACCUCCCCACGGGCCUGUCACAACGACAAUACGAAAAAAUACUUCUUGACAUUGUCGGCAAACAGAACAAAUGGGUUCGCUUUGAUGUGAUAUACUAUGAGUACGGUGCCCUGGUUCUGGACUUCUCCUCUGCGGACAAGGCCACCAGAGUGUUCAACAUUUUAAAGGAUGCUGUUUUCGAUGAUAAACAACUACUUGUUCUGUUACUACCCAAUAUACAACCUCACAUGAUCCCUGAGAACACCAACCCUCUGCUGGUGUUUGUGAACGUGAAGAGUGGGGGGUGCCAGGGCCUCAACCUGAUCACCUCCUUCAGAAAACUCCUUAACCCACACCAAGUCUUCAAUCUUGAGAAUGGUGGACCAUUACCAGGUUUAUAUGUGUUCCGAAAUGUCCCCUACUACAAGAUCCUAGCCUGUGGUGGGGACGGCACUGUGGGUUGGGUGCUCUCGUGUCUCGACAAUGUGGGCCAGGACGCCAUCUGUCAGUCACCACCACUCUCCAUUCUGCCCCUCGGUACAGGUAAUGACCUGGCAAGAGUUCUAAGGUGGGGACCAGGCUAUACGGGUGGGGAGGACCCUCUCAGCUACCUUCGCGAUGUCAUUGAUGCAGAGGACAUCAAACUGGACCGUUGGACUGUUAUAUUCCAUCCCAAUGAGAAGGAACAGGACGAUGUCAAGGUGGCGAUAGCGAACGAUACCAACUCUGCAAACACGAAUGAGGACACUACCACCAUAUUUGUCAUGAACAACUACUUUGGCAUAGGAAUUGAUGCAGACAUAUCACUAGACUUCCAUCAAGCUAGGGAGGAAAAGCCAGACAAGUUUAACAGUCGGCUCCACAAUAAGAAGGUAUAUGUACAGAUGAGUUUACGUAAGAUGGUGAAUAAACACCCGUGUAAGGAGCUGCAUCGGUGCAUCAAGCUGGAGGUGGAUGGCAAGCUGGUGGAGUUACCUCCCUGCGAGGGGAUUAUUAUACUAAAUAUUUUAAGUUGGGGCUCGGGGGCCAAUCCCUGGGGUCCCGAGAAAGAGGACCAAUUUCAGAAGCCCACCCACUAUGACGGCAACUUGGAGGUGGUCGGUAUCACGGGCGUGGUGCACAUGGCCCAGAUCCACAGUGGACUGCGCACUGGCAUACGUGUGGCUCAGGGGGGACAUUUGCGGAUCACGUUGCUGACUGAUCUGCCAGUCCAGGUGGACGGGGAACCAUGGAUACAGCCUGCAGGUCAAGUUGUAGUACUACGCUCAGCUUUAAAGGCAACAAUGUUAAAAAAGAGCAAAAAUAAAAUUAGAAGAAGAAACACAGAGCCGAGUAUAUUUUUCCCCGAGAACGAUGGUUUAAAGGCCCAGUCUCCUUCAGACGAAAACAGUAGUGGUGCCCUUUAACAGUAGUGUGUCACCUUAUAUAUGUACCAUACGCCUAGACAACACUAUAUUAUAUACAUACAUAUAUACCAGUGGGAGUCUACCAGAAGAUUGCUAUGCCCUGGCAAAAGUGUAUUUAAAACAUCGAGAUUAUAUUGUAGACAGAUAAGCAUAUGUGAAACAUGGGACUUUACUAUGACAUUCAAGAGGGACAUGUUAACACAUUGUAGACAAAAUCAUGUACAUAUUGCUGUGGAAAAGAUAGUGGUAUAAAAUUUAAAGUGCAAUAUUUGGUAGACCUUGAUAGGUACAAGAGUUGGAUUUUUAGGAUAGGAAUGUUUAUUUCAGUUUAUAGUAGAAGUUUUGCCACCAUUAAAUUAUUUUUUUUGUAUUUGUCUAAAAAAUCCUUAAAAAUACUUUGGUAUUGCACAUUAUACUUGAGUUUUAAUACCUACAUUGUAAAGAUACAUGUUGGAACUAUUUCAUGAAAUGUGAUAUAAAUUAAAGGGCAAGAUAAGAAAGCUUCUGCAAUGAUUGUACUGAGAACUAUGAAAGGCCAGGGCGUACGGGGGCAGUGAUGAUAUUGUAACACUGGUGGAGACAUCUUGUGCAAUAUGGUUUUGAAAUAAUAUGUUGUUUUUCUUGGGUCUAUUUGAGUAUUGCAUUUUUGUGUGCUAUCUAAUAGAAAGGCGUAGAAAAUAUGGUUACAUCAGGUUACUUUAUUAACUCCCCAAAAAAUCCUCAUACUUGUAUCAGUUUUUGUUUACUUGAGACUAUAUCCCUGCAAACAAAGUUUGAGAAGGGGUAAAAUGUUGUCACUCCAUUGGUCAGUCUGUCAGCAUCAAAUGUAACUACAUGUGGUGUGAAAAAGUUCCUCAUUUCUGGAUGAAACACCAGCAACUAUGUGGAGAAACACUUGUGUACCAGGGAUGGUAUUCCAGAAACAUCUUAAGUCAUUUCUUAAAUAAUUUCACUUAAAGGGGCCUUUUCACAGAUUUUGGCAUGUUUUGAAGUUUGUCAUUAAAUGCUUUAUAUUGAUAAAUGUAAACAUUCAGUGCUCCAGCUAGGCCUAAAUUUGAGGGCACCCCGCUCUGCCCUCCCGAACCUCCACCCUGCCCCUCCUAGGGCCCCCACCUGCCCUUAAAAAAAAAAAAAAAAAAAAAAUAUUUAUUUUUAUUUGAGAAUCCAAAACAACCUUUUUUCAAUUUUGUCAAUUUACCAAAACGUGAAAAGAUCCCUUUAGGUUCAAAAUUACAAUGUUAUGUAUUUCUUUACUAAAUAAGGAAACACAUGUUUUGUUGGUAUUCCUAAAAUAAUAUUGGCAUACUGAUGUUAUUUAAAUGUAUAUUUUGAUGCCAAUCUAUUGCAAUAAUAAAUGAAACACUAAAGAAAAUUUCCCAAUUUAAGGAUAAAAAUAAAAUGUUGCGUCUGGAAUACGCCCUCGUAACACCAACUCAAGCAGUAAAAUGUUUAACUUUUAAUACAUUAUGCCUAACGAUCAUCACAUUCCUGAGUCAUUUGUUUUUAACAAAGCUUACAAUGUUGUUAGAGUUUUAAAGGCAUAGCUAACAAUGGUGAGAUGGGGUGUAAGUAAUAGCUAACAAAUUAUGUUAGGGUGUACAACUAUAAGCUAACAAAGUGGUGAUGAAAUAAUAAGUAAAAGGUAAACAAGCGGUAAGGGGGUAUUGGUAAUGGCUAGCAAACCUUUGAGGGGGUACAUUUCAGGUUGCAGGUAUAACUCCUAGCUAACAAAGUGAUGGGGUAUAAAUAAUAUGUAACACAGCGGUUAAGGGGUAUUGGUAAUGGCUAGCAAACUUUUGAAGGGGUACAUUUCAGGUUGCAGGUAUAACUCCUAGCUAACAAAGUGAUGAUGGGGUAUAAAUAAUAUGUAACACAGCGGUUAAGGGGCAUUGGUAAUGGCUAGCAAACCUUCCAGGGGGUACAUUUCAGGUUGCAGGUAUAACUCCUAGCUAACAAAGUGAUGAUGGGGUAUAAAUAAUAUGUAACACAGCGGUUAGGGGGCAUUGGUAAUGGCUAGCAAACCUUUGAGGGGGUACAUUUCAGGUUGCAGGUAUAACUCCUAGCAAACAAAGUGAUGAUGGGGUAUAAAUAAUAUGUAACACAGCGGUUAAGGGGCAUUGGUUAUGGCUAGCAAACCUUUGAGGGGGUACAUUUCAGGUUGCAGGUAUAACUCCUAGCUAACAAAGUGAUGAUGGGGUAUAAGUAACAGGUAACAAAGCGGAUAGGGUGUAUUGUUAAUAGCUAGCAAACCUUUGAGGGGGUAUAUGUCAUUGAUUAGAAAGAAGUGAGCAGGUAUAAGUCACAGCUAAAAAAGGGGGUGAGGUAUAAGUCACAUUUGUGACAAAGCUCUAUUAAGCAGUGUCAGAAGUGGUGACCUAUUUCUGAACAAAAACAUGCCUAUAUGCCCUAAUUAAUGAACUCAAUAGUGUAACCUGAAAGUAACCAUAUUUUGGUGAGCCCCUAAGUGAUAAAACUGAAAGUUGCUUGUGUCAAAUAUGAGUCAUUGUCUGUGUCAUUGAGAAUGAAUGCUGAACAGGUAAUGUGUUCUCUGUGUUAGAAUGUGCGAGGAAUUUUCAAUUAAUGUGAGCUUAUACUUUUAUUAAUUCCAUUGUUUGUGAUGAUAGUGAGCGUCCAUUUCUUUGUGUACUAGAAUACUCCUAGAUUAUGAAGAGUACGAAUUUGUAUUGGUUUUCUGUAUAUCUGUAUCAUGAAUGAUAUAUUAUGAUUAAUUGAUUAUAGAAAUGGAAAGAAAUCAUAUCUCUGUAAAUUAAUUUAAGUUUAUCAUUGAACAAUUACAAAUUGUAAUAUAGAUCUUCGUGUAGAUUUUUAUGUGAAAUUUUUAUUAAUUGUUGCGGGCAUCAGAUUCUAUUGAGUAAACAUUUCUUAGUUGCUGAAGUAUUUUUAACUUAUUCGAAGAGUAUUAUCAUAUAUAUUGAUACUGUUGUGGUGGGAAUAUUUGGGCUCUAGUCAAUAUGUAUUGGUUAUAAUUAUGUAUGAUUAUACUUUACAAUAUAUAUGAGCCAUGCUUUGUGAAAAGGGGGCUUAAUGCAUGUGCGUAAGGUGUCGUCCCAGAUAAGCCUAUGCAGUCCUCACAGGCUAUUCAGGGAUGACACUUUUUGUUUUGCUUGUACUUUUGUUUAAAAAGCAAAAAUCCAGUUUAGGGGAAAGUGUUGUGGCUGAUUAGCCUGUGCGGACUGCACAGGCAAAUCUGGGACGACACUUUACGCACAUGCAUUAAACCCCUAUUUCACAGAGCACAGCCCAUAUAUUUAUCUGAACUGUUUCUUAUAUACAUUUUUUGCAUAUUUCUAGACAAUCCAUUUCUUGCUUGCAUCCUCUGGGUUGGAAUAAACCAUCAGGUAACACAUACAAGCCAGACGUCCCAAGUUUGCCCCGCUUUUCAGAUGGCUUCUCCGCUGUCAAAUAAAAAAAAAAUCAAUACAGCAGUGAAGUCAGUGUUUUUCUGUACUGUAAAACUAUACCUUGAAAUUCUGACCUUACCUUCUAGCAUUCUGCAUUUCCUUUCAAUAAUUACAGCAUGGAUGUGUUGCAAACACAGUUGUUACUAAACUCUAAGGGGAUUGUUUACAUUGGAUGUUGUGUAUAAAGGACAAUGGUAUCUCUGACAGUCUUGAAAGACUUGAACCAGCCUUGUUUAAGAAAACAUACCAAUUAUCAUGGGAUUAGUUUUGUGACCAAUUUCUUUCUAUGGGUAAAUCCGACCCUGCCCCAAAAUAGUAAAAUUUUCCAUUGAUAACUUGUUAAAUGCAGGUUUUAAUAUGAAUGUUUUUAGUUGUUUUGAUCAGUAUGAAAAGUUGGAAUUAUUAACCUCAUGUUGAGAAAAUACUAUUUUAUACAUUUUCUAAUAAGUUUUACGUACAAAAUAGAAGGAAUAUUCUUAGUCAACAAAACAAUAAUGAUGGCAUUACGGAAGCUACAUUAUACCUCGUACUUUCCAUUCUAUAUGCUGCAAGAGAAACAUUUUUUAAGGUUGACAAAAGCUGAUUACAUAAAUGUUUUUGCUUGUCAGAGCACAACAUGCUCUAGCUGAGUUUGUGUGAUCUCCUUUUGUCCAUUGUGCGUCAUAGAAAUUUGAAUUGUGAACACACAAGAGGCCACAUUUAUUGCCUAAUAUUCAUUAAAAUAAGUCAGAACUUUUUAGGAAAUUAAAACUUUGCCCAGUUCAAAACUGGGUCACAUAUGGUCAAAAACUAGGAAACAAGGUUUUAUAAAUGAAUGAAACUUUGGAACUUUCUAGAUGCUACAUUUAUUGCCUAAUCUUUUUGAAACUUGGUCAGAACAUUUGUGCCAGUGACAUCUCGGCUUAGAGGAAACUGGGUCUCAGCUGAAUUCAAAUCUGGGUCACGUAGGGUCAAAAUCUAGAUCCCUUGGUCAGAUUGAAGAAAAGUCUUGUGAACACUCUUGAAGUCCCGUUAGUUUGUGCACUCAUCAUCAAACUGAACAUUUAUUGUAAUGAUUUUUCAGACAAAUGAGGCAUGCAAGUUUGUGUCCAUUGAAAAAAUGUCCGCCAUUAGGCCGGGCAGUUUCCUUACAUGGUUGAAGUGAAACCAUUUCAGCACUCAAGAAUUUGAAUUUUUAUGCCCCCAGAUUGAAAGAUCGGGGGCAUAUUGUUUUUGGCCUGUCUGUCUGUCAUUCAUUCAUUGUAUGUGUGUGUCUCAAAACUUUAACCUUCGUUAAAGUUUGGUCAUAACUUUUUGAAUAUUGAAGAUAGCAACUUGAUAUUUGGCAUGCAUGUGUAUCUCAUGAAGCUGCACAUUUUUAGUGAUGAAAGGUCAAGGUCAUCCUUUAAGGUUAAAAGUCAAAAAAUUCAAUCCAAGGGAAGUAAUAAGCUUUAAAAGGGAGAUAAUUUCUAAACCUGCCAAAUGAUAUAUUGAAAUUUUAUUUCAAAGCGGCGCAAUAGGGGGCAUUGUGUUUCUGACAAACACAUCUCUUGUUGUAACCUCUCAGCGUGAAAGAUGGUCAGAGUAGUAAAAAAAUGUUCAUACCUGGGCUGAGUAAGAAAAUGAUUGAGGGUGGUUUAAAAACAUGGAAGCCAUGUGUAAUUGCAGUUUUUGUCAGAAGUCUGAAUACAAACUUGUGAACACUUCCUUCUAAAAACAAUUCAGUUUCCUGGGAUCUCAGGUGAUCGUCUUAGGACCUGUGGCACUCUUGUGUUUUUCUCUAUAAAAGUUGUGUUUUCAAUUGUUUUAUCUAUUUAUUUAAUGGUUUGUAUCUUUUAGCAAAUAUUAUUUUUACACAGGGUUGUGAUAGAAUAUCAUAGUUAUGGGUUUUAAUAUAUUUUAUGAGAUUUCAGUUUAUGUUUACUUGUAGAGUAGUUUGUAUUUUUAGCUCACCUGAGCACAACGUGCUCAUAGUGAGCUUUUGUGAUCGCUUUUAGUCCGUUGUCCGUUGUGCAGCGUCAACAUUUGCCUUGUUAACUCUCUAGAGUCUACAUUUAUUGUCCAAUCGUCAUGAAAUUUGGUCAGAAGAUUGGUUUCAAUGAUAUCUUGGAUGAGUUCGAAAAUGGUCACGUUUACUUGAAAAACAUGGCUGCCAAGGGGCGGGGCAUUUUUCCUUAAAUGGUUAUAUAUGGCUAUAGUAAAAUCUUGUUAACACUCUAGAGGCCACAGUUAUUGUCUGAUCUUCAUAAAACUUGGUCAGAUGAUUCAUCCCAAUAAAAUCUUGGACAAGUUCGAAAAUGAUGCCGGUUGGUUGAAAAACAUGGCCGCCAGGGGGCGGGGCAUUUUUCCUAAUAUGGCUAUAGUAAACCUUGUUAACACUCUAGAGGCCUACAUUUAUUUUCCGAUCAUCAUGAAACUUGGUCAGAAGAUUUGUCCCACUGAUGUCUUGGAUGAGUUAAAAAAAAUGGUAACCUUUGCUUGAAAAACAUGGCUGCCAAGGGGCGGGGCAUUUUUCCUUAUAUGGCUAUAGUAAAAUCUUGUUUACACUCUAGAGGCCACAUUUAUUGUCUAAUCUUCAUGAAACUUGGUCAGAAGAUUCAUACCAAUAAUAUCUUGGACGAGUAUGAAAAUGAUGCCGGUUGGUUGAAAAACAUGGCCGCCAGGGGGCGGGGCAUUUUUCCUUAUAUGGCUUUAGUAAAAUCUUGUUAACACUCUAGAGGCCACAUUUAUUGUCCAAUCUUGAUGAAAUAUGGUCAGAAGAUUCGUCUAAGUUAAUGAUAUCUUGGAUGAGUUGAGUUCAAAAAUGAUUACGUUUGCUUGAAAAACAUGGCCGCCAAGGGGCGUGGCGUUUUUCCUUAUAUGGCUAUAUAAGGCUAUAGUAAAAUCUUGUUAACACUCUAGAGGCCACAUUUAUUGUCCGAUCUUCAUGAAACUCGGUCAGAAAAUUCAUCCCAGUAAUAUCUUGGACGAGUUCAAAAAUGAUGCCGGUUAGUUGAAAAACAUGGCCACCACUGGGGGCGGGGCUAUUUUCCAUAUACGGCUAUAGUAAAACCUUGUUAACACUCUAGAGGUCACACUUAUUUUCUGAUCAUCAUGAAACUUGGUCAGAAGAUUUGUCCCAAUGAUAUCUUGGAUGAGUUCGAAAAUGGUUUUGGUUGCUUUAAAAACAUGGCCACCAUGGGCGGGGCAUUUUUCCUUAUAUUGCUAUAGUAAAACCUUGUUAAACUAGAGGCCACAUUUAUUGUCCAAUCUUCAUGAAAUUCGGUCAGAAGAUUGGUCUCUAUGAUAUCUUGGAUGAGUAGCAAAUAAUUAUGUUUGCUUGAAAAAAAUGGCUCCAAGGGGUGGGGCAUUUUUCCUUAUAUGGCUAUAGUAAAAUCUUGUUAACACUCUAGAGGCGACAUUUACUGUCCGAUCGUCAUGAAACUUGGUCAGAAGAUUCAUCCCGGUAAUAUCUUGGAAAAGUUCAAAAAUGAUGCCUGUUGGUUGAAAAACAUGGCUGCCAGGGGGCAGAGCAUUUAUCCUUAAAUGGCUAUAGUAAAACCUUGUUAACACUCUAGAGGCCACAUUUAUUUUCCGAUCUUCGUGAAACUUGGUCAGAAGAUUUGUCCCAAUAAUAUCUUGUUAUCUCAGGUGAGCGACUUUGGGCCUUUCAGGCCCUCUUGUUAUAUUUUGUACUAAGAAAUAUCAUGUGUUUAGUAUCAGGCUAACUUAUUUGAGACAAAAUAAGUUCUGAUUUUGAAGUUUGUUGAUUUAAAUAUUGGCGAAGAAUUUUUAUAGUAACACUAACAUAAGACUAAUGGAAAUCUAACAAACAUUGAACGUUCAAAAAUUGUAACAUAUAAUUUUUUCUCAUUCAUUUUUUUUGACUUAACAUGUGAAUGAAACUGUACUUCUGUAAAUCAUGAUUAUUUGUAGGACAUUAAUUUUCGUGUUUUUGUGGGUUGACCACUCCACCAAUUUUACUAAAACAGAUAAGAAAAUGACUGACUCUAAUUGCUCAUCUUUUUUUCAAAAUCAGAAAUCCACAUAUUAACAUAUCCAUGAAAGUCCUCUCUUGAAAUCCACAUAUUAACAUAUCCAUGAAAGUCCUCUUUUGAAAAACAAUGCUUACUUAUAUAAAUGAGCCCUGCUCCAUGAAAAGUGGGUUUAAUGCAUGCGAGUAAAGUGUCGUCCCAGAUUAGCCUGUGUAGUCUGCACAGGCUAAUCAGGGAUGACACUUUUCACUUUAAUGAUAUUUUUCGUUUCAAGAAAGUCUCUUCUUGGAAAAAAUCCAGUUUACAUGUAGGCAGAAAGUGUUGUCCCUGAUUAGCCUGUGCAGACUGCACAGGCUAAUCUGGGAUGACACUUUACGCACAUGCAUUAAACCCCUUUUUCACAGAGCGCGACUCAAAUGAUUUUACAGUAUUUUGUGUAAUGCAACACUUGAAUAACCUAUCAUUGAAAUACACUCUAAACUAGGAAGUUGUAGAAGUAUAAACCCUUUAUCACUUCCAUACGUUUUUUCAUGCAUUUGUAGUUCCUUAGAAAGUUAAAUUUAAUGAAAAACCUGUCUUGCUAGAUUCAAGUUGUUAAGGUUCAUCUUAAAACCUUAGAUACUGAUUAGCAGCAAACAGUAUAAAACUGAACAGACUGCGAGUUACUAGCAGGCUGUUCUGGCUUUAUGCUGUUUGCAAAUGCUAUUUUCACUUUGCUUCUUAUGGAGUAAAGGGUGGAUAUUAAUGGAUGCAUACAAUGAAUGUUCAUGGUUCAAGAAACUUUAACCAUGUGAGCCUUGUUGUGGGAAAGUAGGGCUUGAUGCAUGUGCGUAAAGUGUUGUCCCAGAUAAGCCUGUGCAGUCUGCAGAGGCUAAUCAGGGAAGACACUUUGCGUUAAAAAAUUUUUUAAAAUGACUCUUCACUUUCGUGCAUUAUGCUUGGUUUUCUCAGACUGUGUCUCAUAUGGUUAAAUUACAAUCACUAUAAAUUGUAAAGCAUUAAUAUACAUGUUAUGGAUUGUAGUUGCAUGCUACAGUUGAAAUGUGCAUAUUGCAGAAAGUAGCUCUUAUUAGAGCAAAAAUGUACCCAAUACCUUCACUAAAACAUAGCCAUGCUGUUGUUUAUUUAGUCUGUUUUGUUGUAGUUAAAUAUAGAUGGACCAAAAUGUUUUUUAAUUCUACAAAAUUAAGGCUUAAUUUUGUACAUUUUUGUUUUGAAAAAUUCAGCCAAAAUGUACUAUUUUUGUCAACAGUUUUUCACUGUAUCAAAUCAGUUAUGGAGAAAAUUUAAUAUGAAGACAUUGGAGCCAUGUCCUAAAGUGUCAUCUGUGAUUGACCCGUGCAGUCUGGCUUAUCAGGGAAGACACAUUCUGCAUACAUUGGACUUUUGUUUACACCAGACUUCCUUUUAACAAAAAAUUCCAUAAAAAAGUGUUGUUUCUUUUAAGCAUGUGCAGACUGCCUCGGCUAAUCUGGUACGACACUACCACCAUGCGUUAAACCCCUGUUGCCCAGAACAAAGCUGAAGUAAAGUUACACCAUAUAGGCUGUGCUCUGCGAAAAUGGGGUUUAAUGCAUGCGCGUAAAGUGUCGUCCCAGAUUAGCCUGUGCAAUCCGCCUAAUUUGGUGUUUUGCUAAGAAGAGACUUCAUUUAAACGAAAAAUGUCAUAAAAGCGGAAAGUGUCGUCCCUGAUUAGCAUGUGUGGACUGCACAGGCUAAUCUGGGACAACACUUUCCGCACAUGCAUUAUGCCCAGUUUUCUCAGAACACGACUCAAUUAAAGUUACACCAUAUAAAUAUAUUUUAUUUCAGGUCAUUGACUGUUAACUAUAAAUAAAUAUUUUUGCAUAAUGUGUUACUAGAAAUAAAUUCUGUAACACAAAUUGGAUGGGCGUUGAUUUUAUAUGGAUUUACAUCGUGUGUCUCUAGUUAGGGAUUAAAUUACACACAUUUAAUGAUUGAUUUUAUUUAAUUUUUUUGCAUCAACACUUAUGUAUGUCUUGAAUAACUGUUGUGACAGUUGAAUAUUGGGUUAUGAAUGCACCGACCCCAAUUAUAAAAAUAUGUUAAAUAUCCAUUCAAUAAUAUUUUGAGUGAGAGUUAAUUUACAACAUUUUAAUUGCAGUGCAAUGCGCAACCAUUGUUACCAUUUGUAUAUGUUCAGAUUUUGUCACAGUUCUUUGAGUGCAGUUUUUCAUGCGAGGUAAGAAAUGCUGCAAAAACUGGUAAACAAUAUUUUUUCAUAAGUUACUAAACAAAAUUGCAAAAUGAAAAUGUAAAACUUAGACUAAAUUGUGUAUUGAUGUACACAAGAUAAUUAGGAAAAAAAUUACACUUUAAACUGUACACAUGUUGAAAUAAAUUAUUUGAAACAUUUAUUAUUUGGCAACAUUUCUCUGUAUGACAACCGUAACUACAGGUAUUGAGCAUUUGGUGAAAAUCUGUUUUAUCAGCUAAACAUAAAUGUAUAUGAUAAAGCGGCGGUUACACACUCCAUGCUCAGACUUUACAUGAUGAUUUUUAACUGACUACAAUAAUUGAUUGAUGUCCUCAGCACAGUUGAUGGCAAAGUGACCAUUUUUGUAGCGUUUAGAGUUCAUGUGAAUGGGUUAAUAUUUUGAUUGAUUCUUGGUUGUUAAAACAUAUUUUUGUUGUAAUUAUUUAUAUGAUUUAGAAUAAAUUGCAAAAAUAUUUGUUUCUAUGCCCGUG